AUGUUGCAGACAGUGUCUCCCUUGUGUAACCUGUACUUAGAAGAAGAGGAUGAGAAAUGCAGGUUGUACCAGGACGUUAUCACGGUGCUGCUGCGGUGCGCGCACAACCAAUCUUUCCACCUCACGCAGUUCCACGCCUCCAUCUCUCAAUUCGCAGAUCAUCUGGCUGUACUGUACGCGUUCAUCGGGGAAGCACAGGAAGACAGCACUGUCCAGGUACUAGGCUUAUCUCUGGACGAGGAUGACGAAGGCCUGGUGACUGCUGAUAAGACCAUCUCCGACAAUGAUAAGACCACUCUGAUAAAGAUGUACACUGCCCUGUUCAUGGACUACGCUAAGCUUAUUCUUGGGGUGUACAGGUCGUGUGAUAAUGAGAAGUUAAGUCUGUGUUAUCACCUCCUCAUCUCCAUCCUCUUCCCAACAGUAAAACAAGCUAACUCAACUAAUAACUCAAGUGUUAUGGAGUUGCCGUCCAACGUGGAAGUACUCAUGAACAUGAUAGAGCUGUGCUGUGACCAACACAAAAAUCUCAUCGACAUAGAAGAGAGCAAGAUAGAGAUAAUCCACCCCGAGCUACUAGUUGAGAUUUACAAAGGGAUGGCUUGUUACUCUCAGAUAACCUCUUGUGACGGAGCCCUGUUGAAAAUGUUCGGAAGAUUGGAGAUACUGUGUAAGUCAUGCGGCUACCUCCUACAAUCUGCGGGGCUCCCUCUCAUGCUGCUAGAGAAAUACUCCGACUCAAUUUCCUCCUGCUCCGAGUUGGGACUGAUGAUACACAGGAUCCUAGAGAGAACCGUCUCUCAAAGUAUGGGUACCCGGGAGCUGAAACUACUGUUACAACACAUUAAACACCCUAAAUCAGAGCUGGUGGCCCUGCAGUCUGAUAACAAUAUCGUAUCCCUGCUGCGAACACUGCACAAAUCCCUGGGAGAGGACCCUGGUACACCAACACACAGUAUUUCCUCAGCACAGUCCGCUCAGGCGGUAUGGUCGUUAGAGGGAGAGAUAAGGUGGCCGAGUAUGUACCACGGCUUCUCAGUUUCUAUGUGGAUCAAACUUGUUCCACUUGCAAAAGAUAAGAGCUGCGAAAGUUCAGAGACUGACAGCGAGGAAGAGUUCCCAGAACUACUGGGCUACAGAACUAGACAAACGCCCACUAACCGUCGCCAUGGCAACACAAGGAUAGAUCCAGUACAGAUACUCAGCUUUGGUCAUCAGAGAUUCACCUUCGUGGUGUCAGUAGAUCCUACAGGAGGAGACAUUAUCCUAGCGUGGAAGGGUUCAGAACGACAUCCUCCCCACGUGAUACACCGUGUGCUGACUACUGGAUCGUGGCAUCACGUUGUCAUUAGCUACGGGACCACUCCCAAACAACAGCGCUUCGGUCAACGCAACGGCAAGAUUCUGCUGUGGGUGGACGGGUGUGCUGUGUUUGAUAUCUCUAACGCUGUUUAUCCCCCGACCGUGCGCCACAAGACUACUUUCUCACUGGGGUCCAGUGUACCGUUAACUGGAGGCAGGGACGUGGUGAUCAGUACUGUCAUGCUCUUCCAGGAUUACAUGCUGAACCGCAAGGAAGUGUGCCACCUCCUAGGACUGACGGCUAACACCAAGACACUGGCUGGGUGGAAUGUUACUCGGUACGUUACAGCGGACCUUUACAAUCCUAGCAGCCAGUAUUCACUGGAACUCGAGGUAACGAACUGUUUCCCCUACUAUCAAGCUGUAGUGAGUGAGGCUCUGGUUAACAAUGGGUUCGACUGUGCCCUCCUAUCUGCUCACGCUGUUACAAUCACAUCCCUCCGCAAUCAUCUCUUGUUGACAUGGUUACCGGAAACUCCUGAGAUUCUUCAUCAGUACUCUCCUCUCAGUCUCUACUCUGCUGAUCUAAAGAGUGUUGGACCUGUACCUCCACAUGACUUUGUGAGCGCACACAGACAGUUAAAUCAGACCAGUCCUGCUAAAAUGGGUGUGAUCACGAUGUACAAGAUGCCAGUGCUACUACCGGUCCUAGGAGGAAUCAAAGUACUCCUUAUGUUAUUUGCUAGAGUCGUCGAAAUGAGCGCUUCUGAGGAUAUACAGGUAAUGUCCCUAGACCUGCUGCUAAAGAACUUGUCCCACCCUCCCCUACUCUGUGAGAUGGUCUCUCUCCAUGGUUACGAGAUGCUAGCUCUUGUUCUCCGGAGUCAAGGCUGUGUUAAAUCCACCGCCCUUCUCAAGGUGCUGAUAAACGCUACAGUGGACGGAGUACUUCUCGUUAAUACCCCGAAGGGAGAACUCAGGGCAAAGAGCAGCUCUACAGCCGUUGUGAAGAACAUGCACAUCUUGAAACACAUUCUCAUGGAUUGGAAGAUUUGGCAGUCAGCUCCUAUUCGAGUCUGGCAGAUAUGUUGUGAGUGUCUGGAGACAUUGGUCCGACCUUCUCACCCUAACUACUCCUACAACACACAACAGUUCACCUCUUUUAAAAUCACCAAAGAUAUUCUCAACUUCUCGUUGAUAUACGAGCUGACCCACAAGGGUGAACCUCUACCUCGAUCCGUUAUAUCCUCUCUACUCACUACUUUAUACUACAUGUUAGGAUAUCCUGCAGACCUACAGCUGUUACGUCUGGUAACCAACCUCCUGAUGACAGCUCACCUUCGUAAGAAUGUGACGAUCACUGGAGUUCCCCUCCGCAAGAGUUUCUUUGCUCCUCUCAGGAUCCACAAACCCUCCACUACUCUUUCACAAAUGUCAAAGAGUGAAGCCCAAAGUUCAGACUCAACCGACACUGACAUGUCAAUAAUAGCAACUCCUGUCUCAGUUAGUUCUUCUGACAAUAACCCUUCUGAGAUUGCUUCCGAAAGUGCUCCUGAAAAUGUACCUGAGAAUGCUCCUGAAAAUGCUCCUGAGAAUGCUCCUGAGAGUAUCCCUAUUGCUGACGACUCCGUGGAUACGGUGGUGGAGGGGGAGAUGGAUCUGGAUGCUGGUUCUAGUGUGUGGUCUAGAGGGUUAACAGUUUCCUCUUCCUCCUCUACUGACAUGUCCUCUAGACCUCCCUCUCAGUCGUCUGACAGCGACUUUACGUUUAAACCCCCUGCGGAGGAUAGAGCGGACAGGGUUAGUAUGGUGAGUGGGAACAGUACGAUAUCAGAUGCGGGCUCAGACAACGUGUUCCAGACGGACGGUACGGCCUGCAACACGCAGUAUCUAAACUCACUCUGUGACAAGAUGCUAGGUCAGUUCAUGAGCAAUAAAGACAUGCGGGGGUAUUACUACAGUCUUACUAAUGUACAGAGUGGACUAAUGUCGCUCCUGGUGGAGGUCAUUAAGACAAGCAACGAUGGAACUCUCCGACGCAUGUUCAAGGGCAACAGUAGUGUAAUAGAGGUCGAGCAGGUCCUGGUCCUAAUGAACAACGAGAAUAUCCUAGUGAGGAUAGCCAGUGUGAAGAUGCUCAAUGCUAUGAUCAGUCACGGCUCCACUCAUAUCAAACAGCACUUUCUCAAGAUUAACGGUUACCAUCUAAUGGCAUGCCAACUAAGACUACACCCAUUAUCUUACGAGUUAGUACAUGCAGUAAUGUGUCUUUACGUUCCCAUUAAGAGCAACUUGAAAGAGGGACUGUCAGCCACAGAUUCAGCUAGAGACGUCAACUCCACACCAGAGGGGGCCACUCUAAUCCUGUCUCUCCUCGAGAACAGUCUUCUUAUUGAUGGUUUGUUUGGAGACAUGUUGAAGAUAAUCUCCCAGAUGAUGAUGUCUUGGGCAGGCUGCGCUCUUGAUUUCCUAAACUACGGUCUUAUCGACGCUCUCUAUCACGUUAUACCACUCAUGAACCCUAAAUCUGAGGACUUCAGUCCUAACUUCCAUUCUUUACAGAUGCUGCUCCAGUCCCUGACUAUAAUCUCACACUGCGUGACCGCUGCUCACCACAUAUUCGACAUGGUGUGGAGUCUGUGUUUCCGGCUGCUCCAGGAAGCAGACCUGGAUAUGAGUGGAGUGUGUGAGAGGCUCUGUACCAGUGUGCUGCGGUGUGUGGUUCACUUUUACAGUGUGGAUAACCACGUCAACAAUUGUAUCAAGAACAGUAACAGUGGAAAGUUAGCUCGUCUAGGAUCCAGUCUGAAGAACCUAAUGGGGGAGGUGCCUCCGGAGGAGGACAUCAAGCCAGUGUUUGAUCCUGGGGUCUUCUUUAAAGACGAUGUGUUCGUCAACUCGGACAGUGCUUAUAACAGAACUACAUCGUUAUCAGACCUGUCUACCUGGUAUGUAGGAUUACUGACAGUUCUAGUGGACUACCUUCAGCACCGGGCUCUAACCUGUGUAGAGGUGGUGACCGCUACUGAGGACGACUGGACCCUCCUCUCCGCUGAUGACAGUGGCGAGGGAGAACAGCAGUUUUGUCGGGAUAUAUUCGAGAUCCUGCUCACCACAACUGUCAAGUGUUACUUUGAGAGGAACUCGGACAAGAUGUCGACUUUUAUACAGCUGGGGUCCCUGAACAAGGAAAAGCUACGCGGAGCACUAGCUCGCCUCAUCCUGAUCCUCUACACUCCCAGAUUAGAGAGAUUCACUUGUCUGUUUGUGUUGAGGUCACUCAGCAGACCGGGUCCUGUCAGGCUCCUUCCUUUGCUGGCUAAAUCAGACAACAAAUUUUUUACCAGGAUACACGCGUUCACACUCUACCUAAUGACGGACAAGGAACCACUCAACCCCGAGUGCACUUUGGCUGCUGGCAGUUUGUUGGAAGUUUGCCAAGAACUCAACUCUAAAGCUCCCACUGACAUUAUCCAGCUUAUACACGCUUGGAAUGAGCAGGAGCACAAUUAUCAUCAAACUUGGCUGACAGCCAGAGAGCAAGGUUCCCAGAAGAUAGGGCAGCCGAUUGUUAUUCUCAACAAGUCUGUUAACGUUCAGGCAGAAAUUAUCACUAACACCAUCUUCAACCUUCAAGGAACCCUAGUUCGGGAGUUCUACUCACAAUGGCAACACCACCGUUCAACGAAACACGACAUGCAACAACAAUGGUACAAGAUAAUCCUGAAGACCACGCACAAACACGGAGUAUGGCACGACCCGGACACUUACCCGGACAGCUGGGAAAUAGACAGCACAGAGGGUCCGGGCGGGAUACGGAGACGACUCAAGAGGUGUCCUGUGGACAUUCCUCUCCAGUUCCUCAUGGAUAAGUCUCACUACAAGUUCGGGCUGGUCGAUGCAAUGCCGUUUGAGUUCCUGUUCCAGAAGAACAAGACUCGAGGGAACGUGAAGCCCCAGUUUACUCUGGUCUACACUAACAAGUGUACUCACAUCAAAUCAGCCGGGACGACUGAAGGAGAUAUCCUGCUGUAUCGUCAGUACAUGUUGUUUGUCCGGGACGAGAGUGCCAGUAUUGACACGGUGUCCCAGUUAGUCGGGGAUGCGCUUGGAAUGUACUGGAGUCUGUUAGACGUGACAGAGGUCCACAAGAGAUGGUACAAUCUGAGGGACGUAGCAGUGGAGAUAUUCCUAAACACUGGCCAGACUUACCUGCUAGGGUUCGGCACGACAGAGGAGCGAGAUGAGCUCCACAACAGACUCCUCCAACUCAACCUACCCAACUUAGUGCACCACGGGGACCAGAGGAAGGAGAUCCGGAGCAUGACACAGCGGUGGCAGGAGGGGCACGUGACUAACUUUGAGUACCUCAUGCACCUCAACAAACAAUCUGGGAGAAGUUUCAACGAUCUGAUGCAGUACCCGGUACUGCCCUUUAUACUAGCCGACUACACCAGCACCACUCUGGAUCUCAACAAUCCCAACACCUUCAGAAACCUCGCUCUCCCCAUGGCUAUCCAGGACCCCAAACUAAAGGAUCACUUUGUUCAGAGGUACGAGAUGUUGAAACGGGACUUCGAGAACCAGAGUGAGGGAAUAGACCAGCCUCUAAAUUCUGGCACUCAGCCAUAUCACUACGGCUCUCACUACAGUAACUCCGGCAUCGUGCUCCACUACCUGGUCAGACUGCUUCCUUAUGCUAAACUAUUUAUAGAGUUUCAAGGGGGAUCGUUUGAUAUACCAGACCGAACAUUCCACGCGAUGAAGACAACUUGGAGACUUGCCAGCAGCGAGAGUACAACAGAUGUCAGGGAGCUUAUCCCCGAGUUCUUUUAUCUCCCAGAACUGUUCCACAACUCAGAGGGCUUCAGAUUUGGGGAGAGACAGAACGGAAACACCGUAGACGAUGUUUUGUUACCCACGUGGUCUAAUGACGACAGCAGAUUAUUAGUUCUGACACACCGCAUGGCACUUGAGUCGGAGUACGUUUCGCAGAACCUACACCAUUGGAUAGAUCUAGUGUUCGGGUACAAGCAACAGGGAGGAGCUGCUGUCGAUGCCAUCAACGUGUUCCAUCCCUCCACUUACUUCGGGAUUGAUGUUGAGAAAAUAGAAAAUGCUCUUCACAGAGAGGCAAUGAAGACCAUGGUCCGAACCUACGGUCAAACCCCCAAACAGCUCUUUAAAGAACCCCAUGUGACCCGCAAUGCAAUGGCCCACAUCCACAGCAAGCCCCUGACAACCAAGGGAGCACCAAUGCAACAGGGUAGCAACCAGAAGAUGACGUCGCGUUUCUGGAGGAUGGCGUUUGCUUCCUCCAUGUCGGACGCUCUCUCCACCAUAGACCGGGAGAGAGAUCUGACCCCUGGAACUCUGCACUUCUCCCAACCAGUGCUAUGCUGGACAGCCAAGUUCCCUCACAGUAUCACUGGUAUCAGGUGUUUACCGUCCGGUGAGGUGGUUGCCAUGCCUCCCAGAACCAGCUACCUAGCCUUCGUGCCGUGGAAAGGUCCCCGCUACGAACAGGUCAGUAGCUUCACUGAAGAAGCUGGAGGGAGCAACUACACCGGGCUCCGGAUACGAUGGGAAGGAAGUAAUGUGCACGUGAUAGCGGACGCUAUUCUCUACAGUAUCUCCUCCACUGAUCACGUGACUUGUUGUUCAGCUGCCAGGGAUGGCCGGGUGUUCGUUAUAGGGUACAGGUCCGGGCUGGUGACUGUCCAACCUCUCCAGUACGAGCAGUCCACUAAGAGUGUGAGUAACAUGGGGGCUGCCAGGUACCUCACCGGUCAUGUUCAUCCUAUCACCACUAUCCAGAUUAACAGGGCUUUCAGUGUGAUCGUGUCGGCUGAUACCAGCGGCAGAGUCAUCAUCUGGGAUCUCAACCUCAUGACUUACGUGAACUAUUUCGAGACACGCCAGUCCCCUGUAUCGUGUUUGAGAGUCUCUGAUACUCUGGGAGAUAUUGUGACAGUCAGUUCAUCAGGUAAAGAGAACAGGAACGUGUCGUUCCCUGGACUUCCUGGAUCUGCGGAGAGCGUGUCUGAGAUUUACAUGCAUUCUGUAAACGGUAAAUUCAUUGCUUGGUCACGGUGCAGUCACGUGAUAACUUCUCUGGCUAUUUCUGUCAUGAGUGAAGGACUGUACAAGAACGUUAUUGCUACAGGCUUCCAAAACGGCAAUAUCUGGCUGUGGAACACGUGGAAUCUCCAGGUGGUCUCAGAUAUUCAGACUAACUUUACAUCUCCUAUUCUAUCCCUGGAGUUCUCUCAUGAUUCUUAUAGUUUAGCAGCAGGGUCAGAGGAGGGACGCCUCAUGGUGUGGACUCAAACUCAUCCUGCCAAUAAUUGACGUGGUUACUCAUCUGGUUACUUAUUGUUCACUGUGAGAUUACUUAUUGUUCACUGUGCGGUUACUGCGUGGACACUGAUUAGUCAUCAUUGAACAGAACAAACUUUUUGGAGGAAAUUAAGAUAAUCUAUUUGUUGAAUGUUGAUAAAAAUGUUGAGGUAAAAUCAUUAUCAAAGUCUGAAGACGUUUUAUUAACCGCCUCGUAAGACGGAGAGUUUAUUGUUUUAAUGAAAAGUCGGAUAAUUAAAGAUAAAGAUCUAUCUUCUGACGGAGUUUACAGUUUGUAUAAAAUAAAUGUUGUUUUUGUGUCAUGACAUUGGUGUGUAUCGUGCGGGCCGCGAACUCAAAAACGAAUAUUAAUCACGAUGGCUACAAGUGCUAUCACAUGAAUGUAUUUAUUAUUUAAUUUUUGAUUAAUUUUAUUGUUGUAUAUUCUGUAUUUGACGCAAGGCAGAUUAUUUCUUGCAUUUGAA